AAGGUGGGAAUGCAAAACCUUCCAUCCUUUCCUUUCCGGGAAGGAAGAGAUCAUGCAUGAACUUUGAACCCCACUUGCAUUAAACUACAUAACCUGCAAUCAUCGAGGGGCUUUAUAUGUCCUCUCCUAUCUGAGUCUCUUCUAUUCAAACAAACAUUACUCAAAAGGCUCCCUUUCAUUUUGUUCAAUGGAGCUCCGGCUCUCCUACGCCACAUUGUUUUGGCUUCUCUGUUGCAUCGCCACCACAGCCCGUGCCCAAGUUGUUCGCAGCAAUGAUACUGAUCGACUUGCUCUGCUGGAAAUCAAGGUGAAGAUGAUCGACCCACUAGGGACCCUAGGCUCGUGGAACUCAAGCAUCCACUUCUGCCAGUGGAAUGGAGUUACUUGCGGACAAAGGCACUGGAGAGUCACCAUCCUGGACUUGCAAUCCGGGGAGCUGUCGGGAACCAUAUCCCCACAUGUUGGGAACCUGAGCUUCCUGAGGGUGCUCAAUCUCCAGAACAAUAGCUUCCAUUCGGCAAUUCCCCCUGAAGUUGGCCGUCUGUCGAGGCUGCAGGUUCUCCGCCUCAGCAACAACUCUCUUAGCGGCCCUGUUCCUGCUAGCGUGACCCAUUGCUCCAAUCUCGUCAGCAUGAUCCUCGCUCAGAACAUGCUCGAAGGAAAGGUACCUUCAAAUCUGGGGUCCUUGUCUAAGCUCCGGCAACUUGAUUUGAGGGGCAACAAUUUCACUGGGGCAAUCCCACUUUCAGUUGGAAAUUUAUCAUCUCUUGAGUAUCUUAUGUUUUCAAGAAACAACUUCAGUGGUACGGUUCCGGAUACACUGGGCAACUUGAGAAAUAUAAAGCAACUUGCUCUAGGGGAGAAUUACUUCGUUGGUGCUGUUCCUUCAACUAUCUUUAAUAUUACUUCCAUGGAACUUCUUGAUCUGGGUAUUAGUCAAUUGGAGGGUAGCUUACCGUGGGAUAUGGGUAUCACUCUUCCGAAUCUCAAUUAUCUCUCAGUAGGCAGUAACCAGUUUACUGGAUCCAUCCCCAAAUCAAUAUCCAACAUGUCCAGUCUAAGUGUCUUUAUAAUGGCAGCCAAUAAUUUCAAUGGGGAUGUCCCGUCCUUCAGAGGGUUGAGUGAGGUCACCUGGUUCCAUAUUGGUGGAAAUAAUUUGGGAGAUGGGCAAGCCAAUGACCUCAACUUCCUCUGCUCACUGACAAAUUCCAUUAAUCUCCGAAUUGUGGAUAUAAGUCAGAACCAUUUCGCAGGGUCGAUCCCGGGAUGCAUAGGCAACCUUUCUGGUCUCAGCAUGCUUUCACUGAGUGACAAUGUCUUAUCUGGAAGCCUGCCGAGUGUUAUCAAGAAUCUCAUCAACCUAGAGUAUUUGUCGUUGUGGGGAAACAACAUUUCAGGUAUCAUCCCUCCUGAAAUCGGAGGCCUUAUAAAUAUGAAGCAACUGCAUCUUGGUUUCUGUAAGUUCACUGGGCAGAUACCACACACCCUCGGGAAUUUAACGAUGAUGACUCACCUUUCCUUGCGGGAGAAUAAUCUUCUGGGCACCAUACCUUCCUCUUUUGGGAAGUGUCAGAGCUUGAUAUUGCUAGAUCUUGGAGAUAACAAACUUUCUGGUGCCAUACCCCCUGAGAUUAUGAGCCUCUCUUCUCUAUCAAUCUAUGCUGACUUCUCGCUGAACAAUCUAACUGGCGAACUUCCUGUGGAAAUUGGAAAUCUGAAAAAUCUCGGUGAGUUAGAUCUCUAUGGGAACAAGUUCUCGGGAGAAAUUCCGGCUAGUCUAGGUAGUUGUAUAUCAAUGGAGUAUUUGUAUAUGCAGGACAACAUGUUUACAGGUCCCAUCCCUUCAACAUUGAGUUCUUUGAAGGGGCUUCAAGCACUGAACUUUUCCAACGACAAGUUGUCUGGCAAAAUUCCACAAUUCUUGGAGGACCUCUCCUUGACGAGUUUGGGUCUGGCUUUUAAUGACUUUGAGGGCACUGUACCGAUGCAAGGAGUCUUCGCAAACACAAGUGGAACCUCAGUUGUGGGAAAUGACAAGCUUUGUGGUGGUCUGCCAGAACUGAGACUGCCUAAAUGCAAGACGGUGAGACCAACUACUAGCAGAGUGAGAAAUGUUAUUAUUUUCACCGUGUCAGGGAUUCUCGGAACAGUUUUGGUGCUGCUGUUAGUUUAUUUCCUUUGGCAGAGGAAAGGGAGGAAGAUGUCUGAUUCGGGCUCCUCUAUCAAUGGCCAUCUGAAAGUUUCUUAUCAGAGCUUACUGAGAGCUACCGAUGGGUUCUCCUCCGCUAACCUUAUCGGAACUGGUAGUUUCGGCUCUGUGUUUAGAGGGGUUCUCGAUUCGAAUCAGAUGACUGUUGCAGUCAAGGUGCUUAAUCUUGCCCACUGUGGAGCAUCGAAGAGCUUUAUGGCAGAGUGUGAAGCCUUGAGAAACAUCAGGCAUCGCAAUCUUGUCAAAGUAAUCACAGCGUGUUCGGGCUUUGAUUACAAAGGUAAUGAUUUCAAGGCCUUGAUAUACGAAUUCAUGGUAAACGGGAGCCUAGACGAGUGGCUACACCCUCAAAUUGGGACUGAUGGAGAAAGGGAAGAUGCACCAAGGAAAUUAAGUCUUCUCCAAAGAGUGAAUAUCGCCACGGACGUCGCUUGUGCUUUUGAUUAUCUCCAUCAUCAGUCUGAAACUCCAGUAGUCCACUGUGAUUUGAAGCCAAGCAAUAUUUUACUUGAUGACGAGAUGAAUGGCCAUGUAGGCGAUUUCGGGUUGGUCAGGUUCCUGCCAGAAGCCACUCAGGAGUUCCUUUCUAAUCAAACAAGCUCCAUCGGAGUUAGAGGAUCUCUAGGCUAUAUUGCUCCAGAGUAUGGAGCAGGCAAAAAUGUAUCAACAGAUGGAGAUGUGUACAGCUAUGGGAUCCUCAUACUGGAGAUGUUCACGGGGAAGAGGCCAACCGAUGGCAUGUUCACUGAUGGGUUGAAUCUUAAUUCCUUUGCUAAAGCAGCUUUGCCCGAGCAGGUCAUGCAUAUAGUCGACCCUAUCCUGUUUCAGGAUAGCCAAGACCAGGAGAACAGUCGAGAGAACAACAGGUUCCUUAAGAUUCAAGAGUGUCUAGUUUCGAUAAUGGAAAUAGGAGUGCUCUGUUCUUCUGAAUUGAAGGAAAACAGGAUGAAGAUGCCAGAUGUUGUUGCAGCACUCCAGACGAUCAGGAAGAAGCUCGUUGCAGCAUUUUAGCGUAUAUAAAAAUGAAUAACGUUACUGCCAAUUUUAUUGGUUUCAUGGCUAAAUAUGCUUCUUUUGCAGUUUUAGUUGUUUGGCCAUUGUUUUUUGAUGGGAUAACCAGAUGAAUUUCUGUAGAGUUUGAGGAAUAAAGAUAUAUUAGGAAGUUCCCUACUCAGUAUGUUUCUGUACUCUUGGCUUACCGCCCGAGGUCGGAUUUGAAGCUUGUUUCACAUAUUUCUGUGCUUUUCUGAGACAGUUACCUGUCGAGAGACAUUAGCUCUCGUGAUUUUUUCGGUCA